AUGGAAGUAGAAAACGCAGCGUCGGAUGCGGCGGGACCGGUUCGAGCGGCCCCGCUCACAGCCGAGAAUCUCACACCCGAGCAGGUGUACAAAUUCAUGAAGCGUCUGAUGUCGCCUCACGACUAUCCAGGACGCGCUGCCGACGAGCGAGCGGAACGCAGAAUGCAGAUGCACCUCGUUUCUAUCGGCUGCGUGGCCAGAGAAGACGUGAGAGUGCCGCCGGGAGCCCCGCCAGGCGUGUCGAUAGAAGACGACACUGUCCUGCCAGGGGCGGCCCCGAUGGGUGAUGCGCCACCAGUCGCAGUUAUUGAAGAAACUGCUGCACUGCUGGUUGCCCCUCCGGUCUCUUCCGAGCAAGAGGCCACUACAGCAACGGACACUGUCCCGCCAGGCGUGAUGAAAGAAGUUGUCACUGUCCUGCCGGUCGACGCCGGCACCCACAGGGAAGAGGACAUUGUAGAAGCCAAUCUUGGCGAUCUACUGGAAGCGAUGGAUACAUCUCACCCCUCACGAAAGAGGCCUGCGGCCACGGAGGAGGAUGACCCCUCCACCUCUUCUCAGUCCUUUCACAGGGGGAGCCUGAAGAAGAAGAUGGCAGACGAUCCUGCCCCCACAGAAGCAGACCAGGCGACAGAGGAUGGGUUUGUCGUCCCGAAGCGGCGACACACUGCUCGGGCCAAACGGCUCGAGACAGUGCAGCCGCUUCCCACGACAAACUCGUUCGUCGACGCCGACGAAGCAGAGGACAUGGAGGCCACUGAACCACCUAAAAGGCGGGCACCCGCCCCCCCACCGAUUACUGUCUCAUGGAAGGAAACCUACAAGUCCUUCCUCAACAAGUUCGAGUCAGUAGCGACCGCUGCCAAGGUCAGAGGCUGCAGUGCAUUCAGAAGACGCCCUCGGCAACAAGGCCGCGCAGCACCAGCAAGGAAGGUGCAACCUGGCACCAGCUACGUCUCUGCCACCAAGGGAGAGGCAGCUAGCGCCAACAAGGAACGACAAGUGGCCUUUCCAACACCUCCGCACAAGGACUCGACCGAGUCCACGCCUGCCAUCGUUGCGCCUGCCCCGCCGGCCGAUCAGGCUGACACCCAGGCCGACCACCACAAGGAACGACGACAAACUGCCCGUCCCCCCACCACUCCCAUGCCCCAGCUAGCUGGGCGUGUGGCCUGGCGAACGGAUGCGGUCGCAACGCCGCGCCCUGCCGCCCCCGCACACGCACCUGCACCCAUGGCGGCACCCUCACCUCCCUCAGGAACAGAAGCUGCAGACCUGGGAGCCCUGUUGAGCUCCCUCUCUGCCCUGCUUCAGCAACUGCCAGUGCUCGUCACGGCAGUCGGGUCGGGAGGUUUCUUUGAUGUGGUUGCUCAGGUUAAGGUGUUUAUCGAGCUGGACACCAAGGUAUUUGGCUUGGGAGGAUAG